AUGCACUGGUAUGGAGUGAAUGCCAAAAAGGAUGAUGAAGUUGUACUUCAGUCCAUUGCCACCAUCAAGAAAGAACAACGUAAAUUUUGCCUGUCGGCUGAAGGAUUCGGUAGUCGUUUGUGCUUUCUCGAGCCUACUUCAGAAGCUAAGUAUGUUCCUCCUGACCUUUCCAUCUGUGUUUUUGUGCUGGAGCAGUCAUUGUCAGUCAGAGCCUUGCAGGAGAUGUUGACCAGUACAAGUGAAAAGAACAAUGAAGGGGCAGCUCAAGGGGGUGGACACAGAACCCUUCUUUAUGGUCAUGCUAUUCUUCUCCGGCAUGCAUAUAGUGGAAUGUAUUUGACUUGUUUGACAACAUCAAGGUCUUUGACAGACAAACUAGCUUUUGAUGUUGGUCUGCAAGAAGAUUCAACAGGUGAAGCAUGUUGGUGGACUAUACAUCCUGCUUCCAAACAAAGGUCUGAAGGAGAGAAGGUACGAAUUGGUGAUGACCUUAUUCUGGUCAGCGUUUCAUCAGAGCGAUACUUGCAUGUUUCCCUUUCCAAUGGCAACAUACAAGUAGAUGCCUCCUUCAUACAGACGUUAUGGAAUGUACAUCCUAUAAGUUCAGGCAGUGAUGUGGCAGAAGGGUUUCUGAAUGGUGGUCAUGUUCUGCGACUUUUUCAUGGUCAUGAUGAGUGUUUGACCAUCCCAUUUGCAAAUCAGAGUGAGGAAGAGUAUGUAACAGUUAACUAUGAAAGUGGAGAAGCAGGAACCUUUGCGAGAUCAUUAUGGCGUGUGGAACCUCUUCGAAUCAGUUGGAGUGGCAGUCACAUUAGGUGGGGUCAGUCCUUCCGCCUACGACACCUCACAACGGGUCUGUAUCUGGGGUUAGUUGAAAAUCAGGGUCUGGUGCUGCUGGAUCCAACUAAAUCAGACACCAAAGCAACAUCAUUCUGUUUUAGAACAUCAAAGGAAAAGCUGGAUUUGCACCCAAAACGAGAUACAGAAGGUAUGGGAGUCCCUGAAAUCAAGUAUGGUGAUUCGAUUUGUAUUAUUCAGCAUGUAGCCACUGGCCUCUGGUUAACAUACCAUGCUCCAGAUGCCAAAUCAGCACGUCUGGGACCUUUGAAGCGAAAGGUAAUAUUACACCAAGAAGGACAUAUGGAUGAUGGUAUAAUUUUGCAACGUUGUCAAAGUGAAGAGUCACGGGCAUCUCGUAUUAUACGAAAAACAACCAUCUUAUUUAAUCAAUUUAUCAGUGGACCCGUCAAAUUACCCAUAAAAGAAGUUCAGGAAACCUUGCAAGACCUUAUCAUUUACUUUCGUCCACCAGAGGAGGAUUUAAAACAUGAAGAUAAGCAGUACAAAUUACGCUCUCUCAGAAACAGACAGAACCUAUUUAAAGAAGAGGCGAUGCUGAGAUUGGUUCUGAAUUGCAUUGACCGACUAAACAUUUACCACAGUGCAGCACAUUUUUCAGAGCUUGCUGGUGAAGAAGUUGGAGCAGCAUGGAAAGAUAUCUUGAAUUUGCUUUACGAACUACUAGCUGCUCUAAUACGUGGUAACCGAAGUAACUGUGCCAAGUUUUCAAAAAACUUAGACUGGCUGAUUAGUAAAUUAGACAGACUGGAAUCUUCAUCAGGUAUCCUGGAAGUACUGCAUUGCAUCUUGAUUGAAAGCCCAGAAGCACUCAAUGUAAUCAAAGAAUGUCACAUCAAAUCUAUUAUUUCGUUACUGGAUAAACAUGGACGCAAUCACAAGGUGCUGGACCUGCUGUGCUCUCUUUGUGUGUGCAAUGGUGUUGCUAUACGAGCUAAUCAGAAUCUGAUAUGUGACAAUCUGCUCCCUCGUCAUGAUUUACUUCUGCAAACUCGCAUAGUUAACAAUGUAACGAGCAUAAGGCCCAACAUAUUCUUGGGAACCAGUGAAGGGUCAGCGCAGUACAAGAAAUGGUAUUAUGAACUGGUCGUUGAUCAGAUCAAUCACUUUUUGACUGCAGAUCCUAUUCACUUGCGUGUUGGUUGGGCAUCUGCGAAGGGUUACGCUCCCUAUCCCGGAGGUGGAGAGGGAUGGGGAGGAAAUGGAGUGGGAGAUGAUCUUUAUUCUUAUGGAUUUGACGGACUUCAUUUGUGGUCAGGUCGAGUGGCCAGGGCUGUAGCAUCAGCAAAUCAACAUAUACUGAACUCCGAUGAUGUAGUUAGCUGUUGCCUGGAUUUAGGUAUUCCUAGUAUUUCCUUCCGCAUCAAUGGACAACCAGUACAAGGAAUGUUUGAGAACUUCAACACAGAUGGCCUGUUCUUCCCAGUGGUCAGCUUUUCUGCAGGUGCCAAAGUACGUUUUUUGAUUGGUGGUCACCAUGGAGAUUUUAGGUUUUUGCCUCCUCCUGGAUAUGCACCCUGCUACGAAGCACUACUGCCAAAGGAAAAACUGAGAUUCGAGCCGAUCAAAGAAUACAAGAGAGAUUAUAAUGGUGUUCGAGAUUUAAUAGGGACUCCAUCUCAUCUUUCCCAGGCCUCCUUCAUCCCCAAGCCAGUAGAUACCAGCCAGAUUGUUUUACCUUCACACCUUGAGAAAGUCCGGAACAAGCUAGCUGAAAACAUUCAUGAACUUUGGGCAACAAACAAAAUUGAACUUGGCUGGACAUAUGGGAAGGUACGAGAUGACAACAAGAGACAGCACCCUUGUUUGGUGAAUUUUGAUAAGCUACCAGAACAAGAGAGAAACUAUAAUUUACAAAUGUCCCUUGAAACCUUAAAGACCCUCCUGGCUUUUGGUUGUCAUGUUGUUCACAUCAAACCAAAAGCAGAAGAAGAUUUACAAAGAAUGAAACUUCCCAAAAAUUACAUGAUGUCAAACAGCUAUAAGCCUGCCCCACUGGACCUUUCAGAUGUCAAACUACACACAGCCCAGGAAGUAUUGGUUGACAAACUGGCAGAAAAUGCGCACAAUGUCUGGGCUAAAGACAGAAUCAGGCAAGGAUGGACCUACGGCAUCCAGCAGGACAUCAAGAACAAAAGAAACCCUCGACUGGUGCCGUACAGUCUUCUUGACGAGCGAACUAAAAAAUCAAAUAGAGACAGUUUACGUGAAGCAAUUCGCACUUUAAUUGGAUAUGGUUACAACAUUGAACCAUCAGACCAGGAAACUGCUGGUGAAACUGUGGAAAAAAUUGCCGUCGACCGACUCCGUUUCUUCCGAGUGGAGAAGACCUAUGCAGUCAAGACGGGAAAGUGGUACUUUGAGUUUGAGGUGGUGACAGCAGGAGAAAUGCGUGUUGGCUGGGCAAGGCCAGCAUGCAGACCUGACGUAGAACUGGGUUCUGACAGAAAUGCCUUUGUUUUUAAUGGCUAUAAGGCUCAGUUCUGGCACCAAGGCAGUGUUUAUUUUGGCCAUACUUGGCAGCCUGGUGAUGUGGUUGGUUGCAUGAUUGAUAUGAAUGACAAAUCAAUGAUAUUCACUCUAAAUGGAGAACUUCUCAUCACUAAUAGUGGCUCAGAACUCGCUUUUACGGAUUUUGAUACUGAAGAUGGUUUAAUCCCAAUUUGUUGUCUGGGCUUGUCUCAGAUAGGUCGAAUGAAUUUUGGAAAGGAUGCAACCACUUUCAAGUAUUACACAAUGUGUGGUUUACAAGAGGGUUUUGAACCUUUUGCAGUGAACAUGAACCGUGAUAUAGCCAUGUGGUUCAGUAAACGCCUACCUCAGUUUGUCCCUGUACCAAAAGAUCACAACCAUAUUGAGGUAACAAGAAUUGAUGGGACUAUAGACAGCCCACCCUGUUUAAAAGUCACCCAUAAAACCUUUGGCACUCAGAAUUGCAUGACUGAAAUGACAUACUACCGUUUGAGUAUGCCUAUUGAGUUUUAUUCGACGUAUAAACAUGAUAGUGUUCCACAUACGGCUGAUGAUGAUGGACCUCAUACUGCGGAUACUUUGUUAGGAAAGACUAAAUUAAGGAGUGCAAGGUUGAGCCGUGAUCUACCUGGAGAUAGAGCUGACCAAGAAGUUACUGAAAAAUCUUCAAUGUAUUAUUAUGCAGUGAGGAUAUUUGCAGGCCAAGAUCCAUCUUUUGUGUGGAUUGGCUGGGUAACUCCUGACUACCAUUACCACAGCAAAUCGUUUGACUUGAAUAAACAUCGGACCGUCACUGUUACUUUGGGUGAUGAGAAAGGCAGAGUUCAUGAAAGUGUCAAGCGCAGUAACUGUUAUAUGAUUUGGGGAGGAGAUCUUAUUGGCAGCUCAAAGGGAUCUAGCAGUAGUAGUGCUGACCUAGUAAUUGGUUGUUUGGUGGAUCUCGCAACCGGCUGGUUAACAUUCACGGCAAAUGGAAAGGAUCUUACUAUCCGUUACCAGAUUGAGCCAAGCACAAAGUUAUUUCCUGCUGUUUUCAUGCAGGCCACAAGUCCUAACCUAUUCCAGUUUGAACUUGGAAAAUUAAAGAAUGCAAUGCCUCUGUCUGCGGCUAUAUUUAAAAGUGAAGAGAAGAAUCCUGUUCCACAGUGCCCUCCUCGACUUGACGUACAGAUGAUCACUCCAGUUCUGUGGAGCAGAAUGCCCAGUGACUUCCUCCAUGUGGAGAUAGCAAGGAUUAGUGAUCAUCAUGGUUGGGUUGUACAGUGUCUUCAACCAUUGCAGAUGAUGGCAUUGCAUAUUCCAGAGGAGAAUAGGUCUGUAGACAUUCUUGAGCUAAUUGAAAAUCAAGACCUCAUGAAGUUCCAUUACCAUACACUGAAACUGUACUGUGCCCUUUGUGCUGUGGGCAACAAUCGUGUAGCCCAUGCACUUUGCAGCCACAUCGAUCAAGCUCAACUACUGUACACAAUUGAGAAUAAAUAUCUGCCAGGGCUUCUACGCAGUGGAUUCUAUGACCUCCUCUUAAGUAUGCACCUUGAAUCGGCAAAAGAAGCCAGAUUAAUUAUGAACAAUGAAUUCAUUAUUCCUGUAACUGAUGAAACCAGGAGCAUAACAUUGUUUCCAAAAAAUAGUCGGGCUUAUGGACUUCCUGGAGUUGGACUCAGCACCUGCUUAAGACCUCGAUUAAACUUCUCAUCGCCAUCUUUUGUUAGCACCAAUGACGAUAGACACCGAUAUAGCCCGAAGUUGCCAUUUAAUAUUCUUAAGGUCAAAGCAAUUGAGAUGCUCACAGAGGCUGUAACAGGUGGUGGACCGCACAUUCGAGAUCCAGUGGGGGGAAGUGUGGAGUUUCAACUAGUUCCUGUUCUCAAGCUGAUUAAAACCAUGCUGAUUACAGGCAUGUUUGAUGAUAAUGAUGUCCAAAAAAUUCUGCUGCUGAUUGACUCUGACUUGUUUGGUGAACACCAAGAAGAGAGAGUGGAAGAAGAUAAAACAGAGAAAGAGAUUGUCACUAAAAAUGAAGAAAAGGCUAUAGAGGCUGGAGAAGUAGCAACACAAGCAACUCAGCCACCGUUCAAAGGACUGCUGGAAAAAAGUUUGCCAGAGUCUGUUAAACUUCAGAUGUGUGAACUGCUUCACUACUUCUGUGACUGUGAACUCCGACAUCGAGUGGAAGCCAUUGUAUCUUUCGCAGACAAGUUUGUCGCAAAGCUGCAAAGGAACCAAAAGUUCCGUUAUGAAGAACUUAUGCUGGCCUUCAACAUGUCUGCAGCCUUGACUGCCAAGAAAUCCAAGGAGUUCCGGUCACCUCCUCAGGAGCAGAUUAAUAUGUUAUUGAACUUCAGGAGUGAUGAUGAUUCUACUUGCCCUGACGACAUGCGUGAAGAACUGUGUGACUUCCAUGAUGACCUUCAAACACAUUGCGGUAUUCCAUUUGAAGAAGAGGAGGAAGAAGAAAAGGAUGAAUCUAUGAUGGGAAAGUUACUUUAUUUAGUGCAUAAAAUCAAAGGGAAGCCAAAGAAAAUAGAAGAACCACCAAGUGAAAAAGAAGUAGAAAAACCUGCCAACCUGACGCAACUAAUCUCACAGACUAUUGUGCACUGGGCUCAAGAGUCGUACAUUCAGGAUGCAGAACUGAUUAAAACUAUGUUUAGCCUUUUGCGCCGACAAUAUGAUGCAAUUGGUGAGCUCCUGCAAGCUAUGCGGAAAGCAUACACCAUCAGUGCUGCCUCCGUACAGGAAACGGUCAGUCUACUGGUUUCCCUUGGACAGAUUCGAUCCCUCCUUAGUGUUAGAAUGGGAAAGCAAGAAGAAACACUUAUGAUUCGCGGAUUAGGGGAUAUCAUAAACAAUAAGGUAUUCUAUCAGCAUCCAAACCUGAUGAGAGUGCUGGGGAUGCAUGAGACUGUCAUGGACAUCAUGGUGAGCGUGCUUGGAGGAAAUAAAUCACAGAUCGCUUUCCCUGAAAUGGUGGCAAGCUGCUGUCGAUUCCUGUGCUACUUCUGCCGCAUCAGCCGCCAGAAUCAGAAGGCCAUGUUUGACCAUCUCAGUUACUUGUUGGAAAAUAGCAGCUUUGGACUGGCAUCACCCAGCAUGCGAGGUUCCACUCCUCUAGAUGUGGCAGCUGCCUCUGUAAUGGACAACAAUGAGCUGUCUCUCGACUUGCAGGAACCUGACUUGGAAAAGGUGGUGACCUAUCUUGCUGCAUGUGGCUUACAGAGCUGCCCAAUGCUAGUGGCCAAAGGAUAUCCUGAUAUUGGCUGGAAUCCUAUUGAAGGCGAACGUUAUCUGCUUUUCUUAAGAUUUGCAGUCUUUGUCAAUGGUGAGAGUGUUGAGGAAAAUGCAAGUGUUGUUGUGAAGUUGCUGAUUCGUCACCCAGAGUGCUUUGGGCCUGCGCUGAGAGGUGAAGGAGGACAUGGCUUGUUAGCAGCAAUGAAAGAUGCCAUUGAAAUCUCGGAAGAUCCCUGCCGUGAUCUCCCUCCUGUUGAAGCUGGGAAAGAUGGUGGUGAAGAGGAGGAUGAAGAAGUUGUGCACAUGGGUAAUUCUAUAAUGUCCUUCUAUUCGGCUCUGAUUGAUCUUCUUGGCCGAUGUGCUCCAGAGAUGCAUCUAAUCCAAGCAGGCAAAGGUGAAGCUAUCCGAAUCCGAGCCAUUCUUCGUUCCCUGGUGCCGACUGAGGACCUGGUGGGCAUUAUUAGUAUACCACUGAAAUUGCCUGUUACUAAUCCAGAUGGAACUAUUUCUGAGCCAGUAAUGUCUGCAAGUUUCUGUCCUGACCACAAAGCACCCAUGGUACUGUUUCUGGAUCGUGUUUACGGUAUUGAGGACCAAAAUUUCCUGCUUCAUUUGCUGGAAGUUGGGUUUUUACCUGAUUUAAGAGCAUCUUCCUCCCUAGAAUCAGCUGCCUUAAAUACAACGGAGAUAGCCCUUGCCCUUAACAGAUAUCUCUGUUCAGCAGUGCUUCCACUGCUCACAAGAUGCGCACCUCUUUUUGCUGGGACGGAACACUUCGCCCCUUUGAUAGAUACCACGUUGCAUACAAUCUACAGAUUAUCCAAAGGACGUUGUCUUACCAAAGCACAGCGAGAGUCAAUUGAAGAAUGUUUGCUGUCAAUAUGCAGAUAUCUUCAACCUUCUAUGCUGCAACCACUUCUGCGCCGCUUUGUUUUUGAUGUUCCCCUUCUGAAUGAGUACUGUAAAAUGCCAUUAAAGCUUCUAAGUAAUCAUUAUACACAGUGCUGGAAGUACUAUUGCUUGGCCUCUGGAUGGGGCAGUUAUGGAAGUGCCUCCGAUGAAGAGUUACACCUUACCAAGAAAUUGUUCUGGGGAAUUUUGGAUGCACUCUCAACAAAAAAAUAUCAUCCUGAGCUCUUUAAAAUGGCCUUGCCAUGCCUAAGUGCUAUUGGAGGCGCCCUCUCCCCUGACUAUGUGGAUUCCAGCUUUUCGGUUGUGUUGGACAGACAGGCAUCAGUGGAUGACAAAGGCAACUUUGACCCGAAACCCAUCAACACUUCUAAUAUUUCAAUUCCAGAGAAAUUGGAGCAAAUUGUGAACAAGUAUGCAGAGCAUCUACAUGAGAAGUGGGCUUUUGAGAAGAUACAGAAUGGCUGGACAUAUAGUGAUACAAUCAAUGAGAAUAUGAAGACUCAUCCAUUAUUGAGACCCUAUAAAACAUUAACAGAAAGGGAAAAGGAAUUGUAUCGCUGGCCAACCAAGGAAUCUUUCCGGAUCAUGCUAGCUUUAAACUGGAACAUUGAAAGGACAAAAGAGAGUGAAGCCAUGAUGCAGCACAUUGAAAGUGAGAAACUGCGCAAGGCUUCUCAGAGUUCAGGGGGAUACACUCCUGUUCCAGUUGACUUGUCAAAUGCUUUGCUCUCCAGAGAGAAUCAGGCAAUGACAGAGCUCAUGGCAGAAAACUAUUAUAAUAUUUGGGCCAAAAAGAGGAAAACUGAAUUAGAAAGCAAAGGUGGAGGCAGCCAAACCCCUCUUAUGCCUUAUGAUACCUUGACUGCCAAGGAGAAGGCCCGUGAUCGUGAUAAGGCUCAUGAGCUAUUCAAGUUCCUCCAAGUGAAUGGCUAUGCAGUGUCUAGAGGCCUGAAAGAUAUGGAAUUGGAUUCCUCUUCUUUUGAGAAGCGAUUUGCUUAUAAAUUCCUGGUAAGGGUGCUAAAAUGUGUCGACUCGGCUCAGGAAUUUAUAGCACAUUUAGAGGCCAUUGUCAGUAGUGGUAAAGCAGACAGAUCUCACGAGCAGGAGAUAAAGUUUUUUGCCAAGAUUCUGCUUCCGUUGAUUGAUGAAUACUUCAAGAAUCACUGUAUGUACUUCCUAUCCUCUCCAACCAAAAGUCUCAGUAGCAGUGGAUAUGCAUCCAAUAAAGAAAAGGAAAUGCUGGCAAGUAUUUUCUGCAAACUUGCAGCCCUAGUCAGACACAGGAUCUCACUCUUUGGUACCGAUUCUGGAACAAUGGUGAACUGUUUACAUAUUUUGGCACGUACUCUGGACCCCAGGACUGUUAUGAAGUCUGGCUCAGAGCUGGUAAAAGCUGGUCUGCGGUCAUUCUUUGAAAAUGCAGCAGAAGAUCUGGAAAAAACACUGGAAAAUCUGAAACUGGGAAAAUUCACGCAUUCACGAUCUCAACUGAAGGGAGUUACGCAGAAUAUCAAUUACACAACUGUAGUUCUGCUCUGUGCUAACAUCACUUUUGACCACAUUGGUCAACAUCAGUUUGGAACCGACAUAAUCUUGGAUGAUGUCCAAGUGUCGUGCUAUCGGAUUCUGUGCAGCUUGUAUGCCUUGGGAACAGGGAAGAAUGUUUAUGUGGAAAGACAGCGACCUGUGCUUGGAGAAUGUCUUGCCACACUUGCAGCUGCCAUGCCAGUAGCUUUUCUUGAGCCUUCUAUCAAUAUACACAAUACACACUCAGUUUUCAAUACAAAAUCGCCUCGAGAACGCAUCAUUCUAGGUUUACCAGAUACUGUGGAGGAGGUGUGUCCAGAGGUACCUCAAUUAGAUGCACUAAUAAAGGAGAUCAGUGAAACGGCAGAGUCUGGAGCUAGAUACACAGAAAUGCCUCACAUCAUUGAGGUGAUUUUGCCCAUGUUGUGCAAUUAUCUGUCAUAUUGGUGGGAACGGGGUCCUGAGAACAAACCCAGUGGGGACUGCUGUACUGUCGUCACCUCUGAGCAUCUUAGUGCAAUCUUGGGCAAUAUCCUGAAAAUCUUGAACAAUAACCUGGGCAUUGAUGAUGCUUCCUGGAUGAAGAGACUGGCAGUGUAUGCUCAGCCAAUUAUCAGCAAAGCUAAGUCUGAUUUGCUGAAAAACCAAUUCAUUCCAACACUGGAGAAACUGAAGAAGAAAGCAAUAAAAGUUGUAAUAGAGGAAGAACAAAUGAAAGCCGAGUAUAAGAUGGAUUUUCAGGAGACUGAGCUACUAAUCCUCAAUGAAUUCGCUGUUCUCUGCCGAGAUCUCUACUCCUUCUAUCCAAUUUUGAUCCGCUAUGUGGAUUAUAACAGGGCAAGAUGGCUAAAGGAGCCAAAUGCAGAUGCUGAUGAGCUCUUCCGUAUGGUGGCUGAGAUUUUCAUCUUGUGGUGUAAAUCACACAAUUUCAAACGGGAGGAGCAGAAUUUUGUGAUUCAGAAUGAAAUCAACAACAUGUCUUUCCUGAUUGCAGACAAUAAGAGCAAAAUGUCCAAGGCAGAAGGACAAAGCCAGGAACGGAAAAAAAUUAAGCGCAGAGGUGACUAUUACUCGAUACAAACAUCACUGAUUGUGGCAGCUGUUAAAAAGUUACUUCCUAUUGGUUUAAAUAUGUGCACAGCAGGAGACCAAGAAUUAAUUUCAUUGGCCAAGCAGAGGUACAGUCUGAAAGACACUGAUGAAGAAGUUAAAGAAUUCCUUGCAAAUAACUUGCAUAUACAGGAUAAGUCUGAUGACCCAGCAGUUCGAUGGCAGCUGAAUUUGUAUAAAGAUAUUGCCAAGCCUGAAGAGAGAAUGGAUCCUCAGAAGAUCGUGGAACGUGUGCAAAAGAUUUCAGCUGCUGUUUUUCACUUGGAACAGGUGGAGCAGCCACUGAGGUCAAAGAAGACAGGCUGGCAAAAACUCUUGUCAAAACAACGUAAACGAGCAGUGGUUGCCUGCUUCCGAAUGGCACCACUUUAUAACCUGCCCAGGCAUCGUGCUGUUAAUCUCUUCCUUCAGAGUUAUCAGAAAUCAUGGAUAGAGACAGAGGAGUACUCAUUUGAGGAGAAACUAAUUGAGGAUUUAGCUAAAUCCGCAACUGUAUCAGAAGAGGAGGAGGAAGAGAUUGAGAAGACACCUGAUCCACUUCAUCAGCUUAUACUACACUUCAGUCGUACUGCCCUCACUGAACGAAGUGCAAUUGAAGAGGACCCUUUAUACCUCGCAUAUGCCGACAUGAUGGCAAAGAGCUGCCAUGUUGCUGAGGAAGAAGAUGAAGAAAAAGAAAAAAGCUUUGAAGAAAAGGAAAUGGAGAAACAGAUGACACUUUACCAGCAAGCAAGGCUUCACCAGCGUGCUGCAGCUGAGAUGGUUCUGCAAAUGAUUAGUGCAAGCAAAGGUGCAUUAAGCCCCAUGGUGACCACAAGCUUGAAGCUUGGUAUUGCCAUUCUGAAUGGUGGCAACCCUGACGUCCAGCGGAUAAUGUUGGACUAUUUGAAGGAUAAGAAGGAAAGUGGUUUUUUCAGGAGUCUCUCUGGAUUAAUGCGAUCCUGCAGCAUCCUUGACUUGAAUGCCUUUGAGAGACAAAACAAAGCAGAAGGUUUGGGAAUGGUGACUGAAGAUGGAACACUCAUUGUUCGCGAACAUGGUGACAAGGUGUUGCAGAAUGAUGAAUUUACUCGGGAUUUGUUUCGUUUUUUGCAACUGCUGUGUGAGGGACAUAAUGAUGAUUUCCAGAAUUACCUGAGAACUCAAACAGGAAACACAACUACAGUGAAUAUAAUUAUCAGCACUGUUGACUAUUUGCUGCGUCUUCAGGAGUCAAUCAGUGACUUCUAUUGGUAUUACUCAGGAAAAGAUGUUAUGGACGGACAAGGUCAGCGCAACUUCUCUAAAGCACUAGCAGUGGCCAAACAAAUCUUCAACUCGCUGACUGAGUAUAUCCAGGGCCCUUGCAUUGGUAACCAGCAGAGUCUUGCCCACAGCAGGCUCUGGGACGCAGUGGUUGGUUUCCUGCAUGUUUUUGCUAAUAUGCAAAUGAAACUUUCUCAGGAUUCAAGUCAGAUUGAGUUGCUCAAGGAGUUAUUGGAUUUGCAGAAAGACAUGGUGGUGAUGCUGUUGUCAUUGUUGGAAGGGAAUGUUGUAAAUGGAACUAUAGGCAAACAGAUGGUAGACACAUUAGUUGAGUCUUCCAGCAAUGUAGAAAUGAUACUCAAGUUCUUCGAUAUGUUUCUUAAAUUAAAGGAUAUAACCACUUCUGAUACCUUCAAAGAUUUUGAUCCCGAUGGUAAAGGAAUGAUUUCAAAGAAAGAAUUCCAAAAGGCUUUGGAAAGUCAGAAGAAAUAUGCACAAUCAGAAAUAGAAUUCUUACUAUCUUGUGUUGAAGCAGACGAAAAUGAUUUGUUUAACUAUAUGGAAUUUAUUGACCGCUUUCAUGAACCAGCCAAGGACAUUGGGUUCAAUGUUGCUGUAUUACUGACCAAUUUAUCCGAACACAUGCCUAAUGAUAUCCGUCUGAAGACAUUCUUGCAACCAGCACAAAGUGUCCUCACGUACUUUGAACCCUAUUUAGGACGCAUUGAGAUUAUGGGUGCAGCAAAACGCAUAGAAAGAGUCUACUUUGAAAUCAGUGAAUCAAGUCGGACACAGUGGGAGAAACCUCAGGUCAAGGAAUCCAAAAGACAAUUCAUCUUUGACGUUGUGAAUGAAGGCGGAGAAUCGGAAAAAAUGGAACUCUUUGUGAAUUUUUGUGAAGACACCAUAUUUGAAAUGCAAUUAGCAUCUGAAAUCUCUGAACCAGAUGCAGCUGAAAGAGCUGAUGAUGAUGAAGAGGAGCCUCCUCCAAUCGAAGAAGAAGAGGAGGUGGCUCAGCCCUCAAAUGCAUUUGCAUCAGCUUGUCAUGAUUUCAAAGGUGGUCUGCUGAAGUUUUUUGGCAUCUUCACAUUUAGAAAUAUCAGAAGACAGUACAAGAAAAUUAAGAGGAUGACAACCAAGGAGUUAUUGAUGGCAUUUUUCUCCUUCUUCUGGAUGUUGUUCAUUGGCCUUGUUUUCUUUAUUUUCAACAUAGUACAAGGAUUUUUCCAGAUUGUGUGGAGUGCCAUGUUUGGUGGCGGGCUAGUUGAAGGUGCCAAAAACAUCACGGUCACAGACCUUUUAGCUAGCAUGCCAGAUCCAACACAACUUGGAAUUCAUGGAGAUGUGAGCGAGUCAGAAAGAGCAGAAACUCCAGAGACAGGAGUUGUUGCAGAGCUUCAGUCUAUGGUGCAAGAUGAGAAAAGUGAAACUGAGAUGAUGCCCGAUAUAUUUGGUACAAGUCUGAAAAAAGGAGGCAAGGCAGCAGGCGACAUACAUGGAGGGCUUGGUGAUGUCUCGGAAAUUAUAGGAGCAGAGGGCCCCCCUAGUAUUGAAAAAGCAAUAUCACAAAAAAGGAAAGCAGAGAUUGAACUGAAGAAUAAAAAUGAGAGUAAAACAGAGUCUGAGAAGGCCGACAUGGAGGAUGGUGAAAAGGUGGACAAAGCCAAAGAAGAACAACCAGUUGAAAGUGAAGAAAAAGAGCAAAAGAUCAAGAAAAGGCGACGUGGGCAGACUAAGAAAGAACCAGAGGCAUUCUUGGUUAACUUCUGGGAGGGGCUGGAAAUUUACCAAACCAAGAUUCUGAAUUAUCUAGCCAGGAAUUUCUACAAUCUGAGGUUACUUGCUCUCUUUGUGGCAUUUGCGAUCAAUUUCAUUCUGCUCUUCUACAAGGUGACUGAGCCUCCAGCUGAUGAUGAUGAAGGGGAUUUCAGUUUCUGGAAUGAUGAUAAUGUGGAUUACUACGUGUUACAGGAGACAACAGGAUACAUGGCCCCAACGCUGACAUUUCUUGCAAUUAUUCACACCAUCAUCUCAAUGCUUUGUAUCAUUGGCUACUACAUAUUGAAGGUCCCUCUUGUAGUUUUCAAGCGUGAAAAGGAGAUUGCCAGAAAGCUGGAGUUUGAUGGUCUGUACAUAACAGAGCAACCGUCUGACGAUGACAUUAAAGGACAGUGGGAUCGCCUUGUCAUCAACACACCAUCCUUCCCCAACAAUUAUUGGGACAAGUUUGUCAAAAGAAAGGUUAUUAAUAAGUAUGGAGACCUUUAUGGAGUUGAACGGAUUGCUGAGCUCUUGGGUGUGGACAAAAGUUCUUUAGAUUUUAGUCCCAUUGAAAAGGCCCCAGAACAAGAAGCAACACUGUUAUCCUGGUUGAGUUCCAUCGAUUUAAAAUACCAUAUUUGGAAACUUGGAGUUGUGUUCACUGACAAUUCAUUUUUGUAUCUGGCUUGGUACACAACCAUGUCCAUUUUGGGUCACUACAACAACUUCUUCUUUGCUGCCCACUUGCUGGAUAUUGCUAUGGGUUUUAAGACACUGCGUACGAUAUUGUCAUCUGUAACACACAAUGGGAAGCAGCUUGUGCUGACUGUUGGUCUCCUGGCAGUCGUCGUGUACCUGUACACAGUGGUUGCUUUCAACUUCUUCCGCAAAUUCUACAACAAAAGCGAAGAUGAAGAUGAACCAGAUAUGAAGUGUGAUGAUAUGAUGACGUGCUAUUUGUUCCAUAUGUAUGUGGGUGUAAGAGCUGGAGGUGGCAUUGGAGAUGAAAUUGAAGAUCCUGCUGGUGAUCCUUCUGAAAUGUACCGAAUUAUCUUUGACAUCACAUUCUUCUUCUUUGUCAUUGUCAUCCUACUAGCCAUUAUUCAGGGUUUGAUUAUUGAUGCUUUUGGGGAGCUGAGAGACCAACAGGAGCAAGUACGAGAAGACAUGGAGACCAAAUGCUUUAUUUGUGGAAUUGGCAAUGACUACUUUGACACAACACCGCAUGGUUUUGAGAUACAUACUUUGCAAGAGCACAACCUUGCAAACUACCUAUUCUUCAUGAUGUACCUCAUUAAUAAAGAUGAAACUGAACACACUGGUCAAGAGUCUUUUGUAUGGAAGAUGUAUCAAGAGCGCUGUUGGGACUUUUUCCCUGCUGGAGACUGUUUCCGUAAACAAUAUGAGGAUCAGCUUGGAUAAAUGAAAACACUGCUUGAACU